AUGAAAAAAGCAAACAGGGAAGACGCUGGUUCCAACUCCAUGGACAUGAUAUCCGAGUUGCCGAAACACAUCUUGCAGAGAAUACUUUAUUUCCUCUCCCAAAAGGAAGCUGUCAGAACAUCUGUCUUGUCGAAAUCAUGGGGUAAUAUUUGGUGCACUCGCCCCAAUCUUGAUUUUUUAUUCAACAACUUCAGGGAUAACAAACAAGAAUUUCUAAACACUGUGGAAAAGAAUUUACAGCGAUAUUGUGAUCAAAGGAUGUGCUUAGAGGAAUUUAGCCUCCGAAUAAUUCUAGACAAUCACGAAUCUGUUUCGUUUCUUGAAAAAUGGAUCCCAACUCUAAAAAAUAUGGGUGUGAAGAAGUUUCGACUUUCUAUUUAUUGGAAAUACAGUCGUCAACUGCCGUCUGUAGUCUUUGAGGCUGAAUCUCUCCAAGAUUUGCAUAUGGAAGGAUUCACGUUGGACCAAACAACUAUUGGAAGGAAUGUUCUCUCUAAGCAUCUGAAAAGACUUCUUCUCGUAAAGGUCGAAAUUGAGGACGGGGUUUUUCAGAAGAUAAUCUCAAGUUGUCCUUUGAUUGAAAUCCUGUUAGUCAAAUCAUGCAAGACCUUAAGAAACAUCAAGGUGAACAAUCUUCUUCGUCUCAGGAAAUUUCACUUUUCAUCUAGGCCGGACGAAAAAUGUAGCAUCGAAAUCCAUCCCGCGUCUCUUGAAACCAUCAAUAUUGGGCAUGCGGAUGUUUUGUUUCCCAAAGGCGCGGAGUUUCAGAAUCUCAAAAGUUUAUGUCUGAACCAUGUCAUGUUGACUUCGUUUGACAACUUCUCUUCGUGUAAAUUCCCGAGUCUUGUUAACUUGUCUAUUUCACAUUGUGACGGACUCUAUGAUACCAAGAUCAAUUAA